AUGAGGCCGUCAAACACUAUCGAACAAUGGCAGCUGCAGCAUCCUCAUCUGCAGCGGCGGCGCGCCAGACCGCAAGGGCCGCCUUCCGACCUUCCCAGCAGUAGUUUCAUCGACUACAGUCUCCAUCAAGAUCCCUCGGCGGCGGCAGGGCUCGGUCUCGAUCCCUCGGGCUCGGACUUCCUGUCGCCACUGCUGUGGUCUGGCAACACCACUGGAGCUACUUAUGCUGCCCAAGACCCUCUGUCGUUUGGGCAAGCCUGGGAACCGUCGGGAGAUACCUUUACUUCUGCCGUGCCCCCCCUCGACCUGGACUUUACUUUUGACCCUGCCCUGAUAGACGCCCUCCCGGAACCUACAGACAUUCCAGAUUUCUUCAUUGACCCUCCACGCCACGUCAACGCCAGUCUUCAUCCUCACAUGCUGACAUCACCCCAAACCCUUGAACCCAUCACCACCACCGCCGCCCCAGCGGCCAUUUCUGCCACUGCCACCACUGCUGCCGCUAUUACCACCGCCGCCAACACCACCACUACUUCUUCCGGAAGCAAGUCACCAGCAUCCUCUUUGUCCGACUACAGCCCGCGGCCUGUCGGCGCCAGCGGGGCUGGUCGACAGCCUGCCAAGCCGCACGACGACCCCGACGUCGUCCUCAAGCGCCAGCGCAACACCAUCGCUGCGCGCAAGUACAGGCAGAAGCGCCUCGACCGGAUCCAGGAGUUGGAGGACGCCUUGGAGGGUGUGACGCGGGAGAGGGACGACUUGAAGCUUCGGCUGGCAAGGCAAGAGGCUGAGACGGCGGCGCUUAAGGAGAUGAUGCGGAUGAACUCUGGGCAAGACCGUGAUAGAAAUUGA